GAAACGGUCAAUGACUGUGGGGUUGGACGUCAUGGCGACAAAAUCACUAGCGAAGAUGUCAAGCUUCGCUUGGAGGCCGACGGAGCACAGUACAUAGAAGACCAGCUCCCUACUUUCGUAGACGUUCUGUUAAGGCUGGUUGAACGCUUCCAGGACAUAUGGGAGCAGACGAUGGAGUUUCCAACUUGA